AUGGUGGACACAGAAAGCCCCAUUUGCCCUCUGUCCCCACUCGAGGCUGAUGACUUGGAGAGUCCGCUGUCUGACGAAUUCCUACAGGAAAUUGGCAAUGUUCAGGAGAUUUCACAGUGCAUUGGUGAGGAUUGCUCCGGGAGCUUUAGUUUCACAGAUUAUCAGUAUUUAGGAAGCGGCCCAGGCUCCGAUGGCUCUGUUAUUACAGAUACUCUCUCCCCAGCUUCCAGCCCUUCGUCUGUUAACUAUCCUGUGGUUCCUGGCAGUGCUGAGGAGCCACCCAGCGGAGCACUGAACAUUGAGUGCAGGAUCUGCGGGGACAAGGCCUCCGGCUACCACUAUGGGGUGCACGCCUGCGAAGGCUGCAAGGGUUUUUUUCGUCGAACCAUUCGGCUAAAGCUGGUUUACGACAAAUGUGAUCGUAGUUGCAAGAUUCAGAAAAAGAAUCGAAACAAGUGCCAAUAUUGUCGUUUCCACAAGUGCCUUUCGGUGGGGAUGUCACAUAACGCAAUUCGUUUUGGACGAAUGCCAAGGUCCGAAAAAGCAAAAUUGAAAGCAGAAAUUCUUACAUGUGACCAUGAUGUAGAAGAUUCUGAAACUGCAGAUCUCAAAUCUCUUGCCAAGAGAAUUUAUGAGGCCUACUUGAAGAACUUUAACAUGAACAAGGUCAAAGCCAGAGUCAUCCUUGCAGGAAAAGCCAGCAACAAUCCACCUUUCGUCAUACAUGACAUGGAGACGCUGUGCAUGGCUGAGAAGACGGUGGUGGCUAAGCUGGUGGCCAAUGGCAUCCAGAACAAGGAGGCAGAGGUCCGCAUCUUCCAUUGUUGCCAGUACACAUCGGUGGAGACCGUCACGGAGCUCACCGAGUUCGCCAAGUCCAUCCCGGGCUUCGCCAACUUAGACUUGAACGAUCAAGUGACUUUGUUAAAGUACGGUGUCUACGAGGCCAUAUUUGCAAUGCUGUCUUCUGUGAUGAACAAAGAUGGGAUGCUGGUUGCAUACGGGAAUGGAUUUAUAACUCGAGAAUUCCUCAAGAGCUUAAGGAAACCCUUCUGUGACAUCAUGGAGCCCAAGUUUGAUUUUGCAAUGAAGUUCAACGCCCUCGAGCUGGACGACAGUGACAUCUCCCUCUUCGUGGCUGCUAUCAUCUGCUGUGGGGAUCGCCCGGGCCUUUUAAACGUAGAGCACAUUGAAAAAAUGCAGGAGGGCAUUGUGCACGUGCUCAAGCUCCACUUGCAAAGCAACCACCCAGAUGACAACUUCCUCUUCCCCAAACUGCUCCAAAAGAUGGCCGACCUGCGUCAGCUCGUCACGGAGCAUGCGCAGCUUGUGCAGGUCAUCAAAAGGACGGAGUCCGACGCGGCCCUACACCCGCUGCUGCAGGAAAUCUACAGGGACAUGUACUGA